AUGUCCCUCGGACCAAUCCCCGAGACCAUCACCGGCAGCUGCCUCUGCACAGCCCUCCGCUACAAAAUCACCUUUCCCCCUUCCCACGACUUUGCCGCAGCCAGUCGCCUCUGCCAGUGCACCCAAUGCCGCAAGCAGACAGGCGGCCUUUUUCUCGCCGUCUUCUUCGUCCCCGCCUCGGCCCUCAGCUGGACGACGCCAACCGAGGCGCUCAAGACAUACUCCGCGACGCCGGGGGCGCAGCCCGGGUUUUGCGGAAGCUGCGGAUCGUUUCUGUACUGGAGGUCUGACGAGGGCAAGGGGGAAAGACUCGGAUGUGGUGGGAUAGCAUGA